AUGAUCGCUGAGGGCAGAAGCGCCGGCUGGUUGCGCAUCCCAAGCGAAGCGAUACUGCCAUGGGCCACACUUAAUGACGUCUCAUUCACUGCCACCGUUCCCGGAGUAGUUGCAGGCAGGGGAGCUGCACUCAUCGCCAAGCAUCCUAUUCCGGCGAACCAGAACGGUGAGCUACAGACUCUGCUGACAGUGCCGCGAGAUCUCAUCCUUUCUCUCGAGCGCGUUCAGGACCACGCCAAGGUAGAUCGGGACUAUCGCGAAGUCCUCGAAUGUCUCGGCGACUUCGGACGGACACCACGCGGUGCCAUCCUCUCCUUCCUGCUCGUGCAAGCUUCUGUCUCGUGUCCUGGUCUCAGCGAGCGCGUUGGCGUUCAUAGUCCGUUUACUGACUACGUGAAAUCGCUACCUAGCGAGCUACUGCCGACGUUCUGGACGCCUGCAGAGCUGGAGCUGCUAGUUGGCACGACCCUUGCGCCAGCCAUGUCCUCGAAGCUAAGAAGUCUCCGCCGCGAGUAUGACCUCCUCUGUGAGCGCGGGGCCAACACGCGGUGGUAUGGACUUGUAGAAGAUCAGCUCACCUUCGACGACUGGCUGCAAGUGGACGCCAUGUAUCGUUCCCGUGCCCUUGACUACCCAGCUAUUGGCCAUUGCAUGGUCCCCUGCCUCGACCUUGCAAACCAUGCCGCGGGCGAGGAGACUGUAGCAAUCUACGACAAGGACGCUGACGGCAACGCUACGCUCCUCAUCCGUAACGACAAAACGCUUAAGGAAGGCGAUGAAGUCACCAUCUCUUACGGCGACGAGAAGGGCGCAUGCGAGAUGCUCUUUUCAUACGGCUUCCUGGAGGCGGAUAGGAAGUCUGCGGAAACGCUGUUUCUUAGCUUGAGCAUCCCUAAUAACGACUCUUACCGGUUACCGAAGAUAAAGGUCGCUGAAUGCGCGCCUGGCUUCAAGCUUAUAGACGCAGGCGACGGCGAGAUUGAUUGGAAGGGUGACUUCAUCUGGCUAAUGUGCGUCAAUGCGGAAGAAGACGGCUUGCGGUUCGAGCUCGCCAGGACAGUUGAUGGUUCGGAUGAGGAGAUGCGGGCUUUCUUUCGAGAUGAAGAACUCGUUGGUGGUGCGGCGCAAUUGUACAUCUUACUGGGCAAAAGCAAGCUUUGGGAUGUCUAUCGUCUGCGUGCUGUCGCUCUUCUCCAGCAAAGAGUGUUUGAUCAGCUGCAGCUGUUGUACAAUACGCAGGACGGAGUUGAAGCCGUUAGGCAUUGCGAGGGCGCAGAUGUGAGGCGGAAGUGUUAUGAGCAAGCCAUGCAACUCAGGAAGCUGGAAUUUGAACUGCUCGAAAGGGCGUAUGAGGACUUUGAGAAGCAGAAGCUGGAGCUUGCGGAGAGCGAGGUAGUGAGGGACUAUCUGACAGCGAUGAAUCAGCGAGAAACAGAGUCAGACAAGGCAGACCAGUUGCCAGACGAGGACUAUUCUUGA